AUGGAAAGAUGGGUUAGAAAAGAGGCUGUAGUCACAGGUGCCAGUUCCGGUAUUGGAGCUGCUAUUGCUGAACAACUUGUUAAACAAGGACUUCUUGUUGCAGCUCUAGCACGAAGAAAGGACCGUUUGGAGGAACUACAGAAGAAAGUCUCGAACCAAAAAGGAAAGUUACACCCGGUCGUUACCGACGUAUCCAAAGAAGAAGACAUCUUAAACGCCUUCAAAUGGAUCAAGGAAAACUUUAGCUACAGGAAUACUGGGAGGUAUAAUCUUUCCGAUCUCAAUUGA